AGUUUAUUAUUAUAAGCAAAGAAAAAUGAUAACAUGCAAUUUUAUAGUCGAUUAUUAGAUUCAAAUCCGCUAGUAUUCUUGUUGAUAGUUGGUCUUUUUGCUUCAACCACAUUAAUUGUGCCUUUUUUUAUUAAAGACAUUCCAGAUUUUGCAGACCCUGUGCUGGGUUUUGAAGCUCGAGGAACUGAAAUCUCUAAUCGAAUUACAACAUGGCAAAAUUUGUUAGAUGCAACAGGCCCAUCUGGUUUGCUUACCGUCAAUCCAAGAGAAUUAUUGAAAUCUCAAAAAAACAAGAUCGAUGUUUUCUCAAAUACGGAGGAUAUAACCAAGAUUCAUUAUGAUGAAUUUUUUUGUGGCUAUCCAAGGCCAGAUUAUGCUCAUUUUGUGAUAUCACAAUCUGAUCCAGAAGAAUCAUUGUUUUCAUUGCAUUCAUUACUUAAUAUGUGUGAACUCAACAAAAUUUAA